AAUGGCAGCACACAGCAGUGGAGGUGUCGAUUGGGCCUCCGUAAUUAAACCAUUAUUAAAUUCUGGAUCUUUAACCAAGACCGAUUUGAAUAAUUUAACAAAAACCAUCUUGAAAUGUGAAAAUGAAAUUUUGGAACACGAUAGCAGCUUCGACGUGUUUUACAUGUCGUUUGCUGCACUGGCUGCAAACAACAUUAGCGGACAGUGCAAUGCACUGUGCCAGAAUCAAAUUUUGCAGAUAACUGAAGCGUGUGGCGUGUUGAUUCGCUACAUUUUGAACAAAUUUGAAAAGUCAUCCAAUUCCGACACAAAGCUAUUAUUGCACGCACUAAAAAGUUUGUGCGAAGGCAAAAGCCAAGACCAAGAUUUUGACCAAAUUGUAUUUUCGUCCAUUUUACGAAAUGCAAAAUAUCCCGAACACAAAUCAAAUGUCACAGGAUCAAGUGAAAAAGACAGUCCGAAAUCGGAGAAUAUGAAACGAUCCCGAUCGGAUCUAUUAACAGUGAUUCUAACCCAACUAUCUACAUCGAUUGGAAACACAAAUGCGGCAAGCUGGAAUCCAUUGAGUGAAGAAGUAGCUGAUUGUACGCAAGUGUUUACGAGUACAAAUAUUGCAUUUAUGCAAGCAAAUAAUGCUGGUGACAUCAUUCUAAAAGUUUGUUCAUCACUACCAGUUUUAUCACGUUACUAUGCUCGGUACGAAGACAGUGCAGUUCAUGGUAAGCCAUUACAUUUGCCUGUAACACACAACGAAGCAAUGGCAAUCAAAAGCGUACUACCACAAAUAUCGUCCGACAUCCAUUUACUGUCAUUGGCCAUAUCUUUGCCGAUACUGGAACCAUUGACACCAAAUAAAAUAAAGCAAUUGUCAAAAUGCGCAAUGGCCGCUUUGUAUUGUGCUGUUUUGACAUCGAUAUCGAGCAGUGUUUUAACCAUGACCGUGACCGGAUCUCAAAAGUCUCAACAACAGUCAACACCUGAAAAUAAAGUGUCAUCGACCACAGCCUCGUCAAGUUCAACAACAAAAGAGAGUGAAGACAUUUUGUCAACCGAAGAUCAUGCACGUAAUAUUGUCGAUAAAGCAUUGGAAAUAUUCACAGCCGUCGAAAAUAUAUUUAAUACGACACGUUAUCAUGUUUAUUUGAAUCACUUAUGUAUGGGAGGAUGGUUGCUGAUCAAUGGAAUGCAAGGUGCGAUGGGUGCAUCUGGAAAUAGCAACACAAAAAUGUUGAUCGCAUCAGCACUUACACAAGACGAUCCAAACAAAACAAAAUCGUCAGUCGGUGCAAUGACUGGUGCCACGAGUCGAACGGGUGAUAUGCAAUCAUCGUCUGGCCGCGUAAAUUUAUCAAAAGUUCAGCAAGGCUUUGGCGUUUUGAAUGCUGCCAUUGCAUCACACUGUUUGACAUUGUUGAAUGAAUUGAUCGAAGAUCUGAAACUUGAAUCGCGAGCCGGCGACGAUGACCCAACCACCGAUAAAAUUGAACCAUCUGGUUUUGAUAUUCUCGGACAAUACACAUCAUUACAAAGAAUUGCACGAGUUUUGAAUUGUGCAACAAUGCAACAGUUGCUCACAUUUUUGGCGACAGUAUCAUAUCGCAAAGCUUGUUCGCUGAAACGAAUUAAUAUCAAGAGCGAAGGUCAGGAUGCAGUAAGCUUCAGUGAUUCAACAACGUAUUUCAAUGACUCUAUGUCAUGUUCGGAUUACUCUACCGAAGAAGAAGAAGAGGAUAGUGAAAGCUAUCUGGGCACAUGGUUCAAGGAAACAUUGUCACCGGAAGGAAAAGACGAAGCAUCCGAAAAUACUGACAAUAAAUCGACGGAGAAUCAACGAAACAGCACAUCAAUGGUGCCGGCCAAAGACGAACCGCACGAAUAUUUGGAGCUAUCAGCACAAAUAUUUUCCUUUUUGGAUACAACGCUCGGCAGUAAUCACAAAUAUUUGAAUAAAUAUGUAAAGAGUGGCCUGAGCGAACAGCAAAUGGCAUUGCUUGCGAAUAUUUUGAAGGAUUUGGACCGUGAUGCAUCACGUGGCGAAGCUGAAAAUUCUUACAGUACUCAAUGGCAAAAUGCAAUGAUUGAAUUUUCGGGUGCAAUUGGCCGCUAUCUACAUAAUUUGAUCUCGGGAUCACUGAUCAACGAAUCGUUGCAGUCAUCACUUUUGUUGCAUUUGGGCGUCUCACCAUGGACCCAGGACACAAAUGUUUGGCCAUUGCAGGUAUAUCCGCGAACACUUUCGGUUCUUGUGCAAAUUUUACUAUUGAAACCAUCGCAAGAAAAAGAAGCAGCCUGUCUCUCAGUCUGGCACCGAUUGGUGAAUACACUGGUCGAAGGUGUUUGCUCGUCAUCAUCCCAAACUCUUCAAAUUGAUAGCAACGACUAUGAAGAUCUCAACGUUGAACACGCUCAAUUAUUGUUGUUCCUAUUCCAUUCGUUGAAUUUGAUGCAAAAGAAAUCAAUUUUGCUGCUAACAGCUGGCGGUGUUAUUCGAUGCGCCGAAGUUUGCCGUACAAUGACCAGCGAGAAACCGUUACGCGAUCAUCAAAUCAUCCUUCUAUCACGGUUACUGCUAUUCCUUGAGUAUCUAAUGAAACAUCUAUACAAUGCACCUACUCCUCUGCUGGAACAAGUUCGAUGGAAUCUCUUCAGCAUAAUCAGCGACGAAACCAGUCAAAAACAAAGUGAAAACACACAAGGCCCCAAAUCGAAAUUGAUGUCAUUUUGUCGUAAGGACAUUGAAGAUAAGUACCGAAAAUAUUCCCACGAGUAUGUGUCAGGUGUUCGUCCCAAAUUUUAUUCGUUGUCCGUGAUUGAUCCAAAGAUACAGGAAUUUAAAUUGGAUGGUUUGGCGUGGAAUUUCAUUUUGUGCACACCCGAUAAGUUGAAAUAUCCAUUGCUUAUCGAUGCAUUGAUUGACAUUUUAGCAAUCACCGAUAUUUGCACGGCCAAAAUCAAUUACACAACCAUUUGUUCCGUUCAGUAUUGCUUUAGUUUGUGUUGGAAACUAUUGUUGGGCUUACCGCCAUCGACUCCACACGUUGAAGCAUUAAUGCAAGAGAAAGUACCAAACUUACAUUCGCUCAUGUGGUCGAUUCGUUGUUUGCAUCCCAUCACAAAUGCACACUCGCUAAUCGUAAACAGUUUGGUGAAACAAGGCAUGUACACACAAUCGGCCGAACAAUUGUGGAAGCAACUGACCGAACAUGUGUCCGACACAAAAUAUAGUAUUAAACAGACAACAUCCGGAUUGGAAUCGUUCAUCAAAACGUUCCAAAUUCCCAAUCCACGUUUAUCGAAAAUCAUUACAUUGGAUGCAAUUGUGUCGCAUUUGGUUGCAAUUUAUUCAACCGAUGGAUUUGGAAGCAAGUUUGGAGGCGAUCAUGCAUUAAAGGCAAACGGUAGUACUACAUCGAGUGGAGCCAAUUCAUCUGAUUCCGGAAGCAUUGCGGAGAUUUCAAUGUCAUCAACAUCAGGAUCAGAUGUUUCUGUGAUUAUUCUCAGUGGUAAACCUGAUGACGCAAAAUCAAUGGAUAAAGUUGUACCGACCGAUGAAGAUGCUUCAAAAGAUCUGAUUGUCAAAUUGCUAGAUGCAUUUGAAAUUGUCAAAGAAUGCAUUUUCAAAACAAUGACUGCAAGCGUAAGCGGCUCAAUCCAACCACACAUAUUUGAAUCGCUCAUUUCAUUAUCUGGAUCAAAGCAUCCAUAUUGGAAGGAUUUGGCACCGAAAUUCACUUCAAUGUUCACCGGCCAAGAUAAAGACACUAUUUUGGUGGAAUGGAAGAAGAAUUUGCCGAUUUUGAGUGAAGAAAGUAUAUCAUCAAGUGCUUUCCCCGUUGAAAUGCACACACUUACCGUGAUUGAAGCGCACUUGGGCGAACUAUCGAAACAUUCAACAUACUCCCUACUUUUGUCAAUCAAACACGUUGCAAAAUCGAUUGUAAAUUUAAUUCAUAAAUUAUUGUCCGUAUACAAGUAUGAAAAUGCAAUUGAAGAGCGCAUUCAAAAUGUACUCGUGCCAAUGCUAUUUGAUGUUCGCACAGAGUAUUUGUACGACAUAUCGAAACAAUGCUUGCAAACAAUGAUGAAUGGAAACACAGAUACCGACAUAUUCAAAGUAAUGGCAUCACCGAUGACUUAUGUUCUAAAGAUUAGCUAUCGCUUGUUGAUUGACAGCGCAGAGCUUGCAUCUCAAGGAAAUCCGGGGACUUUAGAUGAAACAAUUUUACAACAAAUUUUAAGCUUCUGGGAAACAAUGCUCACCGAACCGAUGGGCAUUAGUGCAAUGCAUAACUUUUUCCAUGAAACACGGGAGGGAUCUCUCGUUCAGGUUCUAUUGUCCUUUACAAAUACGACAUUUUCACAAUCAUAUGCAACAAAAGUGUUGCAAUUCUUCGAGAAUUUAUUCAAAGCAACCGAAAAGCCCGACUCAGCAUUCAAACUUGAGGAAUUGUGUACAUGCAUUUCGGAGUUGGCCACCGUGGACAACGGAAAGCUAAAGAGUUGGUUGGGACAUAUUUUGCUCGGACCAAUUCCGGCUUUCUUCAGUGUAUCGAGCGUAUCGACACCGACAAAUAUGGCCACACCAACAAAUAUGGCCACCACAUCGGCAGCGAUACCAAGCAUUUCCGAUCAAAUUCUACCAAUUGAUAAUGAUGCCAUGGACAUUGAUUAUGAAUGCACAAAUGCACCAAUUUUACUCGACUAUGUUGUUUCAGAACCAAAAAGUGAUGAUUGCGCUGAGAAAAAUGGACGAUUGUUGCAAACGCUAACCAAGUACAUUGUAUCAGAAAGCCGAAUUGCGCCGAAUGUUUCGGCUGCAUUAUUCCAAGCAUUGAUUCAAUUGGGACAAAAUCUAUUGUGUCCAACACAAGAGGCACCCGAUUUUACCGAUUUAUUACAAGUGAUGAUCACCUUGGCGGACACGUCACAGGGCAAAGGGCAUUCAAUGCUAUUCAACAGUUCCGUCGAUUGGUUGGAUAUUUCAAAGUCGCAUAUUUUGGAGAAAUUGAAUGCAGACACCAAUAACAAACAGGCGCAAAAUAAAACCGCUAACGCUUUCGAUAAUGUGAGCGCUCUGUUGAAAUACAUGGUCGAUUUGCUGCAAAGUCUCGGCUACAAUGGUAACAGUGUGAUCGCAACUGCAUGGGAAGAUGAAACACAAGCCGAAUUCGACGACUAUUUGGAUGAUUUGGUGAACGACGAUGAUGAUAGUGCCGUUGAAGAUUCCGAUGAGGAUAGUCUGAGCAAUAAACUGUGCACAUAUUCCAUCAGUCAGAAGGAUUUUAUCAACCAGCAUUGGUAUCAUUGUCAUACAUGCAAAAUGGUUGAGAAAGCAGGUGUUUGCAGUGUAUGUGCACGUGUUUGUCACAAAAAUCAUGAUAUAAGCUAUGCCAAAUAUGGAAAUUUCUUUUGUGAUUGUGGCGCCAAAGAAGAUGGUUCAUGUCAAGCAUUAAACAAACGUACAAACUACCAGGAUAACGCAUCGUCAGUCAUUGGUAUGAGCGGAAAUGAAAGUGAUUACAGUUCAACGAUUCGAAGACGUACCGUAACGCCACCAUCACGUACAAAUUCAUUGCGUGAUUCACAACAUGAAUCAGAUCGAACGUCAAAAAUAACCGAAACCAUUGAAUCGUCUCGUGAUACAUUGAAAACAAGUGAUAAAUGGAAGGUUGUUGUGAAAUGUCUUUUGGAUUUCUUCGAGUACUUGAUGCCAGCUAUUCAAGAAAAUUGCGCAAAACACUCGACCGUUGGUUGCCAACUUCGUGCAAAAAAUGCACUCGAACGACUACAUCAACCGAAUAAAUCGUUCUCAAUUUCUGAUUCUCUGAUGAAUGCAACGCUUGGCAGUCAGGAAGGUGCCUUCGAAAAUGUUCGCAUGAAUUAUUCAGGUGAACAAGGGCAAACGAUUCGUCAGCUACUAUCGACAAAUCUUGUUCGGCGCGUUGCACUCUGCUGUUUAUCAUCACCACAUGGAAAGCGUCAGCAUUUGGCCGUUUCGCAUGAAAAAGGAAAAGUAACCAUUCUUCAAUUGUCGGCAUUGUUAAAGCAAGCCGAUGCAGCCAAACGCAAAUUAACAUUAUCUCGACUAUCAUCGGCACCAAUUCCAUGCAUUGUACUGUCGCUUGCAUCGAAUCCAGCAAAUGAAGACUAUUUGGCUGUUUGUGGUUUGAAAGAGUGUCACGUGUUGGUAUUCUCUAGUUCAGGAGCCGUAAACGAUCACAUUGUGUUGACACCACAACUCGAAACAGCAAACUUUAUUAAACGUGCCAUUUGGCUUCCGGGUUCACAAACAAAAUUGGCAUUAAUAACAGCUGAUUUUGUGAAAAUCUACGAACUUGCAGAAGACACAAUCAGUCCACAAUAUUAUUUUGUCGUUCCAAGCGGAAAAAUACGUGACUGCACAUUUAUUUGUCAACAAGAUGCAUACUACAUGCUUUUGUUUGCCUCAUCGGGUUACAUUUAUACACAAUUAUUGUCUGAUGAAAGUUUAGCCAAACAUGGUGCAUUCUACAUUACAAACACCCUCGAAUUGGAUCAUCCAUUAAUUAAAGAUUCAAAUGGUUUGGUUGGUGGAGGUGGUGUGUCUAUUUACUACUCACAUGUUUUGCAGCUGCUAUUCUUCAGUUACACACAAGGAAAAUCAUUUAUGGCACCAAUCACCGAUAUAAACGAAGGUGUAAAGUGUGUAAUUCAACUGCAAACCGGACCGAAUAGUAAGAAUUCGUCAAAAAUACCGCCACAACCACUCUGCCAGUGGACCGAAAUUCCCGGCCAUCCUGGCUUGAUUUGUGCAAUGAUGCAAACAUCAAAUAAUCCAGUCAUCUUCAUGCUUCGACCAGACAGCAUUGUUAUGCAAGAAAUCAAAGCUCAAAAUUCUAAGGCAAAAAUCAUGGAUAUGGUGGCCAUUCGUCAUGCAUCAUCUGGUGUAGAAAAAACGACACUGCUUCUACUGUGUGAAGACGGUAGCUUACGUAUUUAUUCGGCAAAUGCAGAAAAUACAAACUAUUGGUUACAAUCAGAAGUUCAGCCCAUUGGAAAUCUAUUUUCAGCAUUGGUAUUGAAAGCUUCAAAGAAAAAUAAAAAAUCCGGAUCGAAAGUGCAACCAUCCACAAGCUUAGGCAAAUCAGUUGGACCAUCAUCAACAUCACCGCUAGCAUUCCCAGUUGAUUUCUUCGAACAUUGCAACUGUUUGAGUGACAUUGAAUACGGUGGAAAUGACUUGUUACAAAUUUAUAACACAGCCCAGCUAAAACAUCGUUUGAAUGCACAAGGCUUAUUUGUCACCUCGACACGUGUCAAUGGUUUCACAUUGGAAAUUACAAACAAUGACCCGAACACAGUUAUCACAGGAAUUCGUGUUGCCAUUGGCGGACAGGAUGCACUUCGAACACCGCAAAGUGUAACAAUACUGGGCCGAACCAUCAAUACAAUCACAACCAAAUCAAGAUGGUUUGACAUCCCAAUGACGCGUGAGGAGAGUUUACAAAGUGAUAAAAAGUUAAAUGUACAAUUUGGUCCAUCAACUGAUCCGGACAAUAUUUGUAUGUUGGAUAGCAUCAAAGUCUAUGGCAAAACAAAAGAUGUAUUUGGAUGGCCAGAAGAGUCGGACGACAAUGGUACAACGGUAGCAAAUCCAAUGUCAAAUGUCGUUUCAAAUACAAACAACGGUGAUUCAAGCGACAAUCAAGUCACACCUUUGGAUAAAAUGAUGACUUCUAUGCUUGAUGUGCUGGAUUGUGGACUGUCAUUGCUCGGUUCGUCUAAUAUGGAUGAAAAUAUUCGUCAAAAAUCGAUGACUGUCGCCACAAAACUGUUACUUCAUCCACUUCCGAAUGCGGUUCAAACUCAAGCCAAAGGCAUUUUGGCCAAUUUGCUUGGAAAUAAAAACGCAUACAAUAAUUACAAAGAUAAAGAGAUCCUCAGCGAAGUUAAUUCCGAAUUGGAAAAAUUAAAGAAAAUACGUGACGUUCGUAACAUUGAUCCGGAGGCAUUUUAUCGUUUGGUUUUACUCACCAGAAAUAUUGCAGUGGCACGACCACAUUCAUUGGCAAAGAUUUCCAAUGAAAAUCAAUUCCCGCUGGUUGCAUCAUUCAUCCAACUACUGCAUGAACUGCAUGUCAUUACACCAUCGUAUGAGUCACAAAUAUCAAUUGUUCGCAUCGGUUUAUCGCAUACCCAAUCGAUAGUGCAUGCUUUGGUUGAGAUUCUAUACGCAUUUGCAUUGUCAGAUCCAAAUCUUGUCGAAUCGAUGACAGUACAUUUGGUUAAAUUGCUUGUGAAUCCAGCAAAGGUCAUCAGUUACAGUGUGAAACAAGCAAUGAUCCGAUUAUUAAGAAUUCGAGUCAAACGUAGAAAAAUGGCGUCGUCCACACCACCAGUUUGCUCAACACCGACCCCAACACCAUCGACGUCACAGCAAACAAUCGCACCGAAUUUCCCAACAACUUCACAGUCUGGUGAAAAUGUGGCUGGCACUUCAAGCGCAUCAAAUCGUCCGUAUAAUGCGGAAGCUGCAGCUGCUGCCGCUGCUUUAAAUGAAGAGUUUGCCGGCAUGCAAGAUGUUGAUGUUAUCGAACCGCUUGGUUUAGAACCAGCCGCCGGUAAUGUACUCGCAUCGGUUGAAGCAUUGUUGGGCGGUCUUCGUGGUGGUUUUCCACAAUUACUCGACAUGCAACCGGAUGGUGACGAAGAGGCAAUUAUGGAUAUUGCAAUUGCUUUAAGUUUACAAGAACAAGAUGGACAUUUGGAGACACUUCAACAAGGAUUGGCCAAUAUUCAAGGCGCUGGUAAUCGUGCAUUACAAAGCUUACGUGCACUUAAUGUCUCAGGGGCCGCAGCAGCUUUUAACAAUGAACCGGCCGCUUCUGGAGGUUCAGACGAUGAAUCGAAUGCUGCCACCGACGGCAGUACAUCAAUGAAUCAAAUGCGAACACCGGCUGAACCGGCCGGUAGUUCGGAAAGUGGUGGUGAAAGUAUCGGAGGUGCAAGUGGCCGUAGCAGCACAUGUGAACAGCAAAUGCAUUCAUCACUUCCACGCAGUACGGAAAUGAUUCAACCCGAACCAUCCACAUCGACUGCAAACGUCCAAGAAGAAGUUCGUGAAGAGGACUCCGAAGAUAAUAACGAAGCUGAAAUUAUUCAGAAAUUGCAUACUUUAAGAGUUUCAAUUCUUCAACGAAUGGUUGAUCACAUGUCAAUUUUGGAUGGAGUAAAUGGCGAACAAGCGAUUCCAUUCAUGCAAGUCAUUUUAAUGUUGACAUCUGAUUUGGAUGGCGAACAGGACCCCGAUCAGAUUGUGAUGCAAAGACUUCUCACCGCACUAAUCGAUCGUCUUGAAAUCUCACCAAAUGCACAGCCACCAGAACUAACAGUAAGAUCAUCAAAAACCGAAGUUAAAUUGGUCAUUCUUCGAUUAUUGUGCGUUUUAAUGGGAAAAGUUAAAUCAUCAUCGAAGAUGACAUUGUCGUCACUAAUUCCGAAUGCACAACGAGAUAAUGCAACAUUUGUUGCAUCGAAGACAGCAAAUGCCCUAUUGGAAAGCGGUUGCAUUCAAUUCUGUUUGAUUAUGUUGAAAUCGUUCUUGCCAUAUUGGAAGAAUGUGGUAAAUAAUGAAGACAAUAGCGUCAGUGCAUUAUCACCAAUGGGUAUGCUUCCAUCACAGGCUCCAAGUGCAGUUACUGGAGCUAGCGGUAACUUACUGAAACCGCGACAGUAUGGACCAGAACCGGAUAUGUCACCAUUCUUUGCACCAUUAUGCCUGAAAGGCUGUACAGAUAUAUUUGAUAUGUUCCCCACAGUUUUGACCGAAAUGUCCGUUCGACUACCAUAUCAAGUUUUAAAAUUGUCAACUAGUCACGCUGCAUCAUCGCAUGAUUGGUACGCAAGUGUUUGCGAGUACAUGACAUACACAUUAUGUGAGUACAUGAUGAUCGUUCAAUCGGCCAUUCUUCGACGAUUGGUACGCAAACUGUUGCUAUACAUUUGUGGCAGCAAAGAGAAAUAUCGUCAAAUUCGCGACAUUCAUUCAUUAGACUCCCACAUUAAAAUCAUUCAAAAGUCCAGCGAAACAGCUUCGACACAAUUGGCCAAUGUUAACAAUGCAAAUCCGAUUUUCACAUACGAUUCACUGGUGGAACUAACCGAACAUUUGAGAGCAUGCCAUGAAGUGGCAACGCUUCGAACCGGCAAUUGGCAACGUUUUUGUUUGUCGCAUGUGUACGUUUUGCCAUCAUUGUUACGCAUCAGCACUUAUCAACUCGAUGAAGGAGUAUCGCCAAUCAUUUUGCAACUACUUCAGUCUGCCGUUUGUAAUACUUCAGUUGGUGACAACAAGCCGGAGACAAAACAUGUUAUGGUAAUGAAGGUAGUGCGUCAAGAUCGUGAACGAUCUGAAGAGAGUGAAUGUUCGGCCGAAUCAAAAUUCGAUCCAAGUCAAUGUGCAAUUUUGGUUACACAAAUAUUCAGCCAAGCAUCAGCUCAAUUACUUACGAAAUUCAUCAAAAUUUUCUUACUCGAAACAAACAUUACAUCGAUACGCUGGCAAGCACACGCUUUGCUGUAUGCAUUCUACGAAAACAGUAAUACACAGCAAAAAGAGCGUCUAUUGAAUUGUAUGUGGGAAUUGUGGUCACUAUUGCCUGCAUAUGGUAGACGUACAGCUCAAUUUGUUGAUUUGCUUGGCUAUUUAACACUCAGCACUAAGCAUAUCGAUGCCAAACUACCCGAAUACAUGGGACUUGCCGUUUCGGUACUUCGCCAACAAAACGAAUUCCUGUCAAAACAUCCAAAUGCACCGAUUUAUACAGCAUUAAGUCAUGUACUCGAACUGGAUGGAUACUUCUUGGAAUCAGAACCGUGUCUGGUGUGCAACAAUCCUGAAGUUCCAAUGACCAACAUCAAAUUGUCGUCGAUUAAAAUUGAUUCCAAAUUUACUACGACCACAACCAUCGUCAAAUUGGUUCAAUCACAUACCAUUUCAAAGAUUAUUCUUCGCAUCGGUGAUUUGAAACGAACAAAAAUGGUACGAACUAUCAACAUUUACUACAAUAAUCGAUCGGUGCAAGCCGUUGUCGAGCUCAAAAAUCGACCAUCAAUGUGGCAUAAAGCAAAAAAGGUGAGCCUAUCAUCUGGCCAAACAGAUGUUAAGAUUGAAUUCCCAUUGCCGAUCACUGCAUGCAAUCUGAUGAUUGAAUAUGCUGACUUCUAUGAAACGGUCACCAGUUCAUCGGAAAACUUACAAUGUCCCCGUUGCAGUGCGGCCGUUGCUGCCAAUCCGGGUGUAUGCGGAAAUUGUGGUGAAAAUGUUUAUCAAUGUCAUAAAUGUCGCGCAAUAAACUACGAUGAAAAAGAUCCCUUCUUAUGUCAUUCAUGUGGUUUUUGCAAAUAUGCAAAAUUCGAUUACAGUUUGUAUGGUCGAGCUUGUUGUGCUGUUGAUCCGAUUGAGUCAGCCGAUGAUCGUGCAAAAACCGUACAAUCAAUCAACGUAUCAUUGGAGAAAGCAGACCGAAUCUAUCGUACUCUGCAAGGUGUAAAACAAAUCCUUGAAUUACUCGUGCAAAAAGUGGCUGAGCAUAAAUUCGAUCGUGUGGUGGAUGAGAAUAUGAUCGGAAACAUUGUGUCAUCGUCUCAGGUGAAUAAAGUGAUUCAAUUGUUGGCCCAAAAGUAUUGUGUCGAAUCGAAGACGUCAUUCGAAGAGCUCAGCAAAAUUAUUCAGAAAGUUCAAGCAUGCCGCCGUGAAUUGGUUGCUUACGAUCGAAGCAGUCAAAUUGAUUCGCUUAUGACAUCGUCCAGUGAUGCACAAAUUGAAAACAUUGUACCACACAAUCGAUGCUAUGGUUGUGCACUAGCCUCCACAGAACAAUGUUUGACACUGCUUCGCGCGAUGGCUGUUAACAUGGAUUGUCGUAAAGGUCUUUGCGAACAAGGUCUUGUCGAAGAGCUCGCUCAAAAUAAUCUACGCAGAGGAACUACACAAAUUCAAGACGAAGUUCGUAAUCUAUUAUGUUUGCUGACAAAAGAACUACCCGAACCAACACAGAAUUUGUGCAGCCUUAUUCAUAAUCGUGUUAAAUUGGCACUGAGUGGAAUAAUCCCAUUGGCCAAUAUUGAUACGGCCGUCCGACACGAAAUGGCGUUGCUCGAAUCGCUUGUUUCACAAAACGAUUCAUGCUGGGAACAAAAGUUACGCGUUGUUCUCGAGAUAUUCUUGAUGGCAUGCCGAGAUGCUCGUGGGCCGCCGGCUGCUAUUUUACAACCAUCAUUACGAAUUUUGGAAAAUUUGAUAUCACCAAAAACAAUUGCAACCAAACAACCAUCGACUGAGGAUACGUACAUCGUGAAAGUACCAAGCGAUGGACUCACGGUAAAUGCUAAAAAGUGGCUGCAAGGCGACAAAAUGCAUUCGUACGAUGAAUGGAAAUCAAGAAUGCCACAGACAAGAGAUAAGGCCGAUUCAAGCACAGAACCAACGAUUGGACCGCAACCAACAGCCGAACAAAAGUCAUUGCGUUCAUUCAUUUCGAUUUUGGAAGAAAAACGUCGUAGCGAUCAUCAUAAAUUUUUGGCUGAAAAAUACGGACGAAUUUGGCGCCGUAAAACACUUUUAAAACCAUUCAAACCGCGUAAUCUAUCGCUAACCGCCUCAUGGCUGCAACCAAUUCUUUUCAAUUCAAAUUCACGCAUGGCACGUCAAUUGGCCUGUGCAUUGAUUCCAUCGCUGAUUAAUAAGACACAUGAACGAAAAAGAGAAAUGCUCGAUUUGCUUACCGGCUUCCUGAAAUACAUUGGUGAGGCUGGCGAAGCGAGUGAAGAAUUUUUGAUUUUAUAUCGUUGCUUGGCCGAAGACACACCAUGGCGUGAAUAUCUGGUGCUGAAAGGUGUACUAACACAUAUCGCCGAUUUGCUCAAGAGUGAAAUUGAAAAGAUUCAUCGCUUGGAAGAAACAACACUCUCAUCAGAUCUGGCACAAGGCUAUGCGCUACGUCAACUUGUCGAAUUGCUUGCAAUGUUUUUGGACAAACCGAAAAUUCGACAAGUCUACAAAGGAAAACUACUUGGACCCGUGUUACAAGGAUAUUUGUCGCUACGUCGUUUGGUUGUUCAGCGAACACGUUUGGUUUGCGAUGCCGAGGAGAAAUUAUUAGAAAUGCUAGAGGAAAUGACCACCGGCACCGAAGAAGAGACCCGGGCCUUCAUGUCAGUUUUAAUCGAUACCGUCAGCGAUACACCAUUGAAUGACAUUAAAACACCCGUCUUUAUUUUCGAGCGUCUCUGUUCAAUUAUUCAUCCGGAAGAAAAUGAUGUGGGCGAAUUUUUCUUGACGCUAGAAAAAGAUCCACAGCAAGAAGAUUUCUUGCAAGGUCGAAUGCUCGGCAAUCCAUAUCCAUCAACUGAAGCCGGUUUGGGUCCGUUGAUGCGUGAUGUCAAGAAUAAAAUCUGUACCGAUUGUGAAUUGGUUGCAUUGUUAGAAGAUGAUAAUGGAAUGGAGCUUCUGGUUCAAAAUAAGAUCAUUAGUUUGGAUUUGCCUGUGAAAGAAGUGUAUAAAAAGGUCUGGCUAACUGAAGGGGGUGAACGUGAUACGAUGCGAAUUGUUUAUCGAAUGCGAGGUUUGUUGGGAGAUGCAACCGAAGAGUUUAUCGAAACGCUCAACAAUAAAACCACGGAAGAGGUCGACAUGGAAGCAAAGUAUCGAAUGGCAAACGUUUUGGCCGAUUGUGGAGGGCUCAAAGUUAUGUUGGAUCGUAUCGGAAGUCUGACUAGUGUAACACGUUCUCGCCAAUUGCUUCAAGUUUUGCUUAAACUAUUUUUGCUUGCCGUAAAAGUGCGACGUUGUCAAGAGGUGUUGUGUCAACCGGAACUGAAUGCCAUCAACACGUUGCUGAAAGUAUUACAAUUAUGUUUGCAAAGUGAAAACGAUUCACAGCAAUCGGCCGUUACCGAGCAACUACUCGAAAUAAUGGAAACAAUUUUAAGCAAAGCAGCAAGUGAUACACUCGAUUCAUUUUUACAAUUUUCAUUGACAUUUGGCGGACCGGAAUAUGUGACAGCCUUAAUCUUCUGCACAAAUUGUGCCAAUGUUCGCAAUAAUCCAUCCGUUUUGCGACAUUUGAUCCGAGUAUUGGCAGCAUUAGUCUACGGAAAUGACUUGAAAAUGGCAUUACUAUGUGAACACUUCAAAAACACAUUAGAUUUCCACAAAUAUGAUACGGAACAUAUUCCCGAAGAAGAUUUUAAAAUGGAACUGUUCUGUGUACUAACCAAUCAAAUUGAACAUAAUUCAAUCGGUGGCACACUCAAAGACUAUAUUAUGGGUCUUGGUAUCGUUGAUAAGGCACUCGAAUACAUAACAUCAAAUGCACCAUGUGUUAAACCAACAUUGCUACGUACUGAUUCAGAUGAUUUGAAAGAAUUUAUUUCAAAACCAUCGUUGAAAUACAUUCUUCGUUUGUUAACGGGAUUGGCAAAGAAACACGAAGCGACACAGGUGACCGUAUCAAAAGAUAUCAUACCGAUUAUUCAUCGAUUGGAGCAGGUUUCGAGCGAUGAACAUGUUGGCAGCUUGGCGGAAAAUCUUUUGGAAGCAUUAUGCACCGAUCCAGCGACCGCAAAACGUGUACAAGAAGUUCGAGAUUUUACCAGAGCGGAAAAGAAACGAUUGGCAAUGGCAACGCGUGAAAAACAAUUGGAUGCAUUAGGUAUGCGAACGAAUGAAAAAGGACAAGUGACCGCCAAAGGAUCGAUUUUACAAAAAAUCGAAAAAUUACGCGAAGAAACCGGCCUUACAUGUUUCAUUUGUCGCGAAGGUUAUGCAUGUCAACCAUCAAAGGUGCUUGCCAUCUACACAUUUACAAAGCGAACGAAUUUAGAAGAGUUUGAACUAAAAGCACGCAAAACUCUUGGCUACACAACGGUAACACAUUUCAAUGUUGUUCAUGUCGAUUGUCACACAUCGGCCAUUCGUUUGGCACGUGGUCGUGAUGAAUGGGAAAUGGCCAGCCUUCAAAAUGCCAACACAAAAUGUAAUGGUCUCUUGCCAUUAUUUGGUCCAGAUAUUUCGGAAAUUAACUUCCAGAACAGCAUCAGCCGUCAUAAUGCAUACAUGCUUGAAAGUACUCAACGAUGUGAAAUCAGCUUCGCCAAUAAUAUGCACGAUUUGAAAUUGCUCCUCAUGCGAUUUGCAUUCGAAAAAAGUUUCCAUGAGGAUGCUGGCGGUGGUGGUCCACAAUCAAAUAUGCACCUCGUACCGUAUUUGCUAUUUUAUAGUAUUUACACAUUGCUAUCGUCGAGAUCAGCGCAUGAAAAGGCACUGUCUACCUACUUGGAGCAAGCGGUUUCGGAUCGUUGGCUUGCCAGUGCAUACGAAGUGGAGGGACCGUUAUUCCAAAUUACAAUGUCCUUGGCAUUGCAUACACCAACCGUUUGGAAACGACACCGUAUUCAACAUCUCAAACGUUUAUUGGUUAUUGCACAAGCAAGACAUUGCAGUCGUAAUGUUGCAUGCAAAACACUCAGCGGAUCAGAUCGUCAAGCAAAGGAGUACAGCAUAUACAAACCGUACUUGAUGAUGUGGUCAAUGGUUGAUUUGGUGUACACAAUGUUCAAAACAGUCAGCACACCAAAGCCAGAAGACUGGUCUAUCUCACUGUUUGACUACAUACGUCGCAAUGAUGAAGCCAUGCUAAAAUCGGCCGACUCAAUUCUUGAGACCUUUACAGAUGAACAUUUGCCAUGCACUUCAUUCGCCGAAUUUUGCGAUGUUGCUGGUUUGCUCAACGACAUUGAAAAUCCCGAUGAAUUCUUGAAUGAAUUGAUUCAAUCGCUACCCUAAAUGAAAAUCAUAUUCAGAUGAUCAAUGCUAUCGAUAACAACAAUAUUUUAAUAUAAUCCAAUUUAUUCACAAUCAAUCAUACUAUACUUUUAAUUGCACGUAAUUUGCGCUUAUAAAAACCCAGUGUCACACAUUUUAAAAUGCAUUUCAUUCAAUAAAAAUAAAAACUAAAUAAAACACACAUUUUAAAUCAUAAAA